AUGUCAAAACUUCAGAGAGUUUGCUAUAUAUGUGGUAGGCAAUUUGGAUUGCAUUCAAUUGUCAUUCAUGAGCCUCAGUGCCUGGAGAAAUGGCGGAUUGAGAAUGAGAAAUUACCAAAGCACCAACAAAGACCAGAACCCAAAAAACCAGAGACAAUCAAAACAGAUGGUUCACUUGAUGUUAAUGCUUCAAAUGCAGCAGCUUUCAAAAGCCCAAAUGCCCAGCUUAUUCCCUGUGAAAACUGUGGUCGAACAUUCCAACCUGAUCGACUCUCUGUACACCAGAGAAGCUGUAAAUCAAAUGAUGGAGGAGGUGCAUCAUUCAAAACACCUCAGUCAAGUACAAGUUACAAAUCUCCACCAGCAGCUAGACGUCCACGAACAGUGAUCUGCUACAUUUGUGGCCGAGAAUAUGGAACUACAUCUAUAAGUAUCCAUGAGCCCCAGUGUUUAAAAAAAUGGCACAUUGAAAAUGACCAGCUUCCAAAGCAUCUCAGGAGGCCUGAGCCCAAAAAACCUGAAGUCAGGCCUAUCAAGGGUACAGGUACCUAUGAUGUUGAUGCUUUAAAUGAGGCAGCUUGGAGAAGUUCCCAAGACCAACUCGUGCCUUGUGACAUCUGUGGGCGUACUUUCCUCCCAGACAGAUUGAUUGUCCACCAGCGUUCAUGUAAACCAAAGUAAUCAAGCUGCCAAAUAAAUCCAAACAACCAAGGAAUGAAAAUUGACUGUUGGGUAUAACUGAUUUACUCCGAUAAAAUGACACAAAGCAGAAAAAUGAAAAAAACUCAUUUUAUUGUUUCUGGCUUCUGUGCAGUGGUUGUGAUUUUUAAUAACACUUUAAAAAUUAAAUCAACUUCUCAGUUAUUUUUGCUUCAGAGAUUGGAUCUGAAAUUCCACAGCUGUUCCAGUGAACACAUGCUAUAACUUUGCCCAAUUCCAACAAAUAUUGGAGGGAUUGGGAAGGGACAAUAUCAGAGCAGAGACUCUCAAAAUGGAAGUUUCUAAAUCCAUGAACUUUCAUUUCAUGAGUUUCCAAAUUCAUGAUCUUUUAGUUCAGGGGUUUCCAAAUCCAUGACCUUUUAUUUUAAGAAAUAAAAUGCAAAGUAUUCUCUUUCCAGCCUCUCACAAUCUCCUUGUGUGUAUCUCAAGUCUCCAGCCAUUCCAACAAACAAUUUUCUCCACACCAGUUACUAUCCUUGCUCCAUGAUUUGUAAGCUUGGUAUAAUGAUGCCACCCAAAUCUAUCUUCAUGUUGCCACUCUGCUGACCACUGUUCUGAUAGCCAAUUCAUUAGUUUUAUGUGAGCUAUUCAACACAUGUAUAAGACUAUUUUCAUAUUUGGCAUCUACUCCAACUGUAGACAUUUUUAACACACCCUGUCUCUCUUAGCAGUUCAUAUAAACUGAAGUAAACAAAAUGCCGACUAUGUCUCCUUUGAGAUGAGAUUCAGUACUGAAUCCUAGCUGGCAUCAAGAUUGCCUUACCUUCUCAAUGCUGAUUGCCUCUGUUAAUUCCAACCACACUUGAUCACUGCUCUGUAUGAUAAAUGCAGGCAUCUGCCAAUUCCAGACUGGAUAAGUUUAACAUUUGCUUUGCUGACUUCCCAAAUUUUGCCAUUCACGAGUUAUAUUUGUUGAAAACUCUGUUACCCAUAUACUAACUUCUCAUUUUACCCUCAUUCUCUUCAUCUCUCCCAAAUGUAUUCACUUCAAAGUACCUGCCAUCAUUUCUAUGUUAAUCCAUGACCUUCCCUUGCCCUAUUUCUGCCUUAACAAUAAGCUGCCUUUUCUGAUUCUGAUCUCUUUUUCAUCCUCCUUUCGUUCAGUCAUCCUAAACCAUGAAUCUAUCAGCUGGUUUAAUCCUUUUAUCUGAAAUGCUUCCUAAAUACCACAGCCUUCAUACCAUUUAUUGCUUCCUUCAAAAGUCUCAUCAAAACCUAAGCUUAAGCCUCUUUCAUUAAUCCUUCUCACAUGUGUGCUCAGCUCCUUUUUCUCCCCACAAAAUAAGUACAAUUUGUGAACCUUUUGUGACAUUAUGAACAAUUUACUUGAUUUUAUAAAUGCAAACUAUUAAGCAGGCCUCGUUAAUUGGGAGCACUUGCUGAGAAAUCACUGAUAAACUCCCCACAGAAACUAGAAGAUGACAUAAGAACCUAUGUAUGAUCCUGCUUGUAUUCAUAUUGAUGGCAAGACAGGCACAAAUGUCAUUUUAAAGAAAGGCUUUUAACCUUUAAAAAUGUUAACCAGAGUUUUGAAGAUAGAGUUCCAAUGCAGCUCACACAACUUCUCAUUUUAACAUUGGUGUGAACCUUUUGGAAAUUCUGCUUCAUUAUUUCAAUAUUCAUGAAUACGAUUUGAGAUGUUCACAAUGAUCAUUUUUACUAUUACCUCAAUCUUUUCUAAAUUGUUUGGAAGCUUAAAUUUAAGCUACUAAUUAGCAGAAAUAAAAUUUGACAAUUAUAUGUAUUUUGAUUUUUAUCACUUUUAAAUAUGACAAUAUUUAUGCCUAACACAUAUUUUAUACUUUAUUUCAAUUUUGUGAGAAAUGAUUUAUUUUAAAUCUAUAUGGAUGAUCAAAGUUUCCAUAGUUCUGCUGAUUUCUGUAUUUGACAUGGCCAGAAUCUGGAGAAAUGGCAUAACUGGGUAUUAAUGCCACUUAAGAUUUCUUAUGUAAUUCCUGCACAAGGUCAGAAGUACAAGCACAAAGUUCCACCCCAUUGUGCAGCUAACAAAAAAAUAAUUUUACACAAAUGCUCUUUCCUUGCAUACCUAAUUAAAAUGAUGAGGAAAUAUAUAAUUUUGCUUUUUAAUUGACUUUUUGAUUCCCAUUGCUAAGAAAUUCAGGAGUUCUUCACCAAGCAUUUUAAAACUUUUGCUUGAAUAGCUUAAAGUACAGUUCAUGGAAAAUUUAAGUGAUGAUAAAUAAAACUAAUUUUAUAGUUACUUCACCUGAAGCUAAUAUAAAGAUUGUGAUCAAUUUUACUGCCAAAAUAAUGAGCCUUUUUAACAGAUAAUCAACGUAAUGCUCAGAAUUAAAGGUGUAGAUUGACCAAUUUGUGCAAUUAAUUGCUGACAUGUUGUUACUGAACUAUUCUGAUCUUCUGUUAUGGUAUACAUUUCUUUUUUUAAUGUUUAGUUUUAGUAAUAAAUUGCAUGUUGAAUCAUU